AUGUCUGAAUCGAUGAACACAUCUGAGUCUGAAAGUGAAUCCAAAGGCAUGUCUGAAUCGAUGAACACAUCUGAGUCUGAAAGUGGUAUCAACUGUUACACGUCUUCAUCGGAGCACUCGGUCGAUACCGUCAUCUUCUGCGGCAAAUCUAACCUCAAUCACAGCCAAGAGUUGGCCAACAAAUUGCAUUAUAAUGUCUCCUCAAACCCCUCACACAACUCAAUCCAAGUGCAGACCAAUGGCCAACAAAAAGACACCAAAGAGGACAUGAGAUGCUUAGUAGCCGACAGUCCGAAGCAUAUAAUGGCCGAAACGCCCGUCUCGUCGCCCAGUCAUCGGUCGGGGAAGGACUCCAAGAAGUCGGACGAGCUGUGGGUCGACGGACCUAAACGGCGGCACCGGAAGGGCCUCAAGAAAGACCAGAAAGGCAUGAAAUUCACGCAAGAAUUAUGGGUCGACGGGCCCAACGCCCAGUUGGCCGCCAACGGGUUGGACACCGAGACGACUGGCCUCUGCUAUCACGAGGAGAAGAACCAGAGGAUACAGCAGUGGAUACAACAGCACACGAAACAUAUCUGGUCGGACAUACCUCCCGGUGCCGCUCAGACAUCACCGACACAGACACCUGACAGCGCCUACUGCUCGACAGUCAAACAGAUCCGGCAGAAAGUCUUAUCGCCAGAGAUGCAGGACGUGAGCUGUCAGACAGAUAUGGCUACCAGUGCCUCGACGGUCACACCAUCUGAAUCCGAGUUCAACUUCGAGGAUCCCUUCAGGAUAUUGAGUGACUCCGAGAUACUGGGCAUCGAUAGGAUAGCCGGCGCCGGCCGGGAGGCUAUGAGCGAGUGCUGUGAUAAUGAUUUUUGUAAUAAUAGCGGUUCCGUUGAGGACAUGGAUGACUGCCAUAGCGAGCCAUUAACGGAACCACCGAAGCAACUAAAACUCGAGCAGUUUCUGCAACAGUUGACUACCAUAACGAUGCCUCGCAUACACGGCCAGCACCGGGACUCGUGUCACCGGAGGGCAGACAUAGAGUAUCGAUCCCUCAGACAUCCGGACGGCCAGUCCGACCAGAAUAUCAGUAUUAGUCACUGGGAUCUACCGAAACCAGAGUUCACGGACUAUACAAUGUUCUCCUUUUCGCCUAAAGAGGUGCUCAAAUCGCCCACAACUGUCCCCUCGAGACCCCUGUCCGUCACAUCGCCGCUGCCACCGCCGCCCCCACCGCUGAUGGCGUCGCCCAAUGAGCCCCUAUUCCUGACCUCAUCGCCAAAUCACGCCGUUUUGCCCACAAGUCCGCGAGUGAACCGUCUGUUGGGCACAACCGUCACGGUCUCCGCGCACAGCAGUCCCGCCAAGUCGUCCGUCAAGUCGUCGGUCAGCCGUAAGCAGCAGAAGAUGGAGCAGCAGCUCAAGAGGAACACCACGUCGACCACCACCUCAGGUCACGGCACCACAUCGGAGGGCGAGUGUUCAUCGGUGGCCAAGAAGUCGUCGCCAUCGGUGUCGUCGCCCAGUUUCAUGAGUCACCACCCGAUAGUCCAGAGACAACCGGCCAGUAGUGGCUACGAGAGUACCAUUCAUGACGACGACAGCGAUAGGGAACUGGUGGCCAACAGGAGGCUAGACAUUGGGUCCACCAUUAAUGAGAGUGUCGGCGGAACGCCCGUUAAGAUGCGAAACAAAAAGUGUGACAUUAAUGGUGCGACUAAUGAGGAUAAGCUGAAUAGGCUGUCCACCGCCUCCUCAGACCAC